GUUCAGGUUUACACGCAUGAUCAAUAUUGACAUAUGCUGCACCAKUGCUAAAUUGAUGGCGGUUAACCUCUUCAGCUUUUGCCUCCUCUUACGAACGUAACGWAGAACGUUACGUUACACAACACUAAGAAUACUAGUAGUUUUUUGGUGUCUUACCGAUACUUCCGUUGGCUACGAUGCUGUACUAUGCGCUACGUCUGUUGCCUCUCGUUCCCGAAAUCGCGAGUCACAUCCUCGCCAACUGCAAACAUGACAAGACAGCACAUUCCACAAAAAAGUCGGAACGCAACCAGAUACCGAACACCAUGUUAUCCUGCAGCAACCACCAAAACUUUGUAGAAAUCGCUACGGAGAACGAACUGACAGACUUYUUGAACAAAUACGAAACCGACGGUUGUGUCGUGACAUUUAGCGCUACUUGGUGCGGUCCCUGCAAGGCCUGCAAGCCGCAGCUAAAGGGAGAAAUCUCGAGAAAAUCGCCGAUCCCGAUUGGAUACGUUUACGAGGAAGAUCUGGACCCUUCGUUUUUGGACGUCUUCGUCGAAAUCAAAGCCUUUCCUACAUUCGUGUUUUUUCGGAAUGGGAGAGAAGUCGCGAGGGUAGAGGGAACGAAUCUAGGGGCUGUCGAGGCAAUGAUUCAUUCGCAAGGACACCGCAAACACUGAACACAGGUGUAAAAACUAUCACAAAAUUGCGGAGCAUSCGAGGCAGGUCGUGCCUUCGCUUGCGUGUGUUGUUUUGGUUCGUAUCGAUCCAUUCUACCGUGGGAAAACGUCAAUAAUUCAACAAAAAAAUC